GCCAACAAGUAAUAAGACAUUAUGACACAGUUCAUGGUAUGCAGUGUAUCUGUCCGGUCUAUUGUUCGUUCUCAGCUUGUUGCCCAGGUUUCCCGCCCAGAGUUUUCCGCCCAGGUUUCGGUUCAGGUGCCGAGCCCAGGUUAUUCCAAACCCCAAUUUCCAAAGCAUUAGACGUUACCUAUCCCGGGCUAGUCGUAGUUAUAACACGCCUGGAAGAGGGUAAUAAUGCUUUACAGUACACACAAACUUCCGCUUUGCUCGUGUUCACCAGUCUUCCUUUCUCUCUCAUGCUACCAGGUACCUACUAUGUACUUAAUAAAGACACUAGGUAGGUUAGCGCGAUAGUGCCGGUAUAUACAGCGGGUGGUAGUGUGGCUACUGCUGACAUUCUCGUGUUUUCUAGAUCCAUCCUCCUUCUGGGACUGGACGAGUUGGUCAGUUGAAUUCUUCCCUCAGAAUAGUCACUGAGACAGGUAGUACGGUACACAGACACACAGACACACGCACACACACACGACUCACACAGCGACCGUUACCCCUGGCGAUAGCUCACUCUGCGUCUCCUCUGAGCCUGACAAUGUACAAUGUAGGACUAGUGUCGCUGUAAUCGGCCCCGGGCCCAAGCCGUGGUUGGUCUAGUCAGACUUAGUCGGCCUUAUCGAGGACAGACGAGGAGUCAGGUCUGGUCAGGCUCGCCAGGAUUGCGGCGCUGGUGAUCAAACGCCGCCGCCACCAAGCCAAUCAGCUGUCUCGGCCGACGUCUCUGAGACCUCGUAGCGCCCCAUGGCACCCCAUAGGCACCCCAUAAGCACCCAUAACAACCUCAUAACAACCUUUCGUGAUGAUCCCUGCCAAGACCCUCCUCGACCCUCUUCGCUCUUCUCUCUUUCUCUUUCUCUCUCUCCUUUUGCCCACGUCGUGCCUGCCCCUCCCAGCUGACCUUUUUUUCUCGGCUCGUUCCAGACAGGCCAAGGUCGCUCUCGCUCUGUUUGGUUGGUUGUUAGUGCGCGCAACUUCCAAACAGCCUACAUGUACAACAACGUUACUUGCGUUGCAAAUCAUCACGAGGCAAGGGCUAUCGCCAUCUCCCGGUGGCCAGAUCUUGCAACAACGCCGGGGGACCUCGGCCGACUUGCAACUUGCACAUUUUCACUACUGUACUUACACUACAUGGUUCGUAUUACCGUGUCUUGUGACGAGGUCGAUCAACAAAUACCGGUUAUCACAGGAUUUUAUUUGUGUGUAUUGUUACUUACUGUAAGCUCUUUCUUCACUUGCUCCCGUACCUACCUAGAUAGGGAGUUGUCAACGAGCCUACCGUAAUCCCACAAAAUCCAACACUUCGCGUAACAUCCCAGGCGGCGCAAUUGAGCCCGACCGUGCAAACCCGGCGGGCGGUUUUGAUUUUAGACCCUGGACCCUGGGUUCCUCGCUUCUUGGCGACUCUUAUUGGACAAAAAAGAUACCAGUUUGGGAUAAAAUUUUAAUGCAGAGCGCUAAGUAAAGUCAAGCACACUUUAUAUGGAUUACCUACUUAUUCAAUUCAUACACAA